AUGUCUGGUCCUUACGAUUCCUACGGCGGCGGCGGCGGUCAGGGCUACGGCUCCCAGUACCCUCAACAGGGAUAUGGAGGCGGUCAACAAGGCUACCCUCCUCAGCAGGGAUACGGUCAACAGUAUCCUCCGCAGCAAGGCUACCAACAAUAUCCUCCUCAAGACCAAGGCUUCGGCCCACCUCGCCGACAAGACUCCUUCGGCCCCCCACAAGCUGGCGGCUUCCAGCACGGUCAAGCUGGCUACCAAUAUGGUUCCUACGACGCUAGCAACCCACAAGGUCAUUCGGGCUACUAUGGUGGCAACAAUGCCCCUCAGCAAUACGGCAGCAACGACGCCUACGCCCAGAACCAGGCCUACCAGCAACAAAUGGCUCAGGGUGGUGGCCAACAGCAAGGUCAGGGCACACAGCUGCCACCGGAAGUGGCCAACCACCAGUUUUCCCCUCAGUCCACCGAUCCCAAUGCGCCAAACUACGACCCGAACGCUCCACCCAUGACUGAGAGCGAUCGUGGCCUUCUCGGCGCCAUCGGUGGCGGCUUUGGCGGCCAUUUCUUGGGCAAACAGGCCGGCCACGGCUUCCUGGGAACCAUUGGAGGCGCUCUUCUCGGUAGCGUCGCCGAAGACUUUUUGAAGGAUAAGAAGAAGCAGCACCACAGCAGCGGCAAUAGCAGCUGGGGUGGUGGCAGCAGAUACUAG